UGAGUGGUAGGCCUGCAGGCCCCGCGCCCAGUGAUUGGGCGGCCGGCGAGGGAUGGGGGCGACGCAGAGCCGGCCCGGGUGCUGCACCAGGACUCCCUGCCACAGACUUGUCAUCAUGGAUCCUGUGCUGGAAGCAAAUGGCACCUUUGCCUUAAACCUUUUGAAAAUACUGGGUGAAGACAGCUCAAAAAACGUCUUUUUCUCACCUCUCAGUAUCUCUUCAUCCCUGGCCAUGGUCUUCUUGGGAGCAAGGGGCCAUACCGCAGAUCAGAUGGCUCAGGUGCUUUCUUUCAAAAAAUGUGGCAAAGAUGGAGACGGAGAUGUCCACCAGGGCUUCCAGUCACUUCUCACUGACGUGAACAAGACUGGCACGCAAUACUUGCUUAGAACAGCCAACAGGCUCUUUGGAGAAAAGUCUUACACUUUCCUCUCCUCUUUUAAAGAUUCCUGUUGCAAAUUCUACCAAGCAGAGGUGGAGGAGCUUGACUUUGUUGAUGCUGCAGAGGAGUCCCGGAAACACAUAAACACCUGGGUAGCCAAAAAGACAGAAGAUAAAAUUAUAGAGUUGCUGUCUCAGGCUUCAGUGACUUCCAACACCAGAAUGGUUCUCGUGAAUGCCAUCUACUUCAAAGGAAACUGGAAGCAUUCAUUUGACAAAGAGUGGACCAAGGAGAGGCCAUUUAAAAUCAGCAAGAAUGAGGAGAAACCCGUACAGAUGAUGUUUACGAAGGCUACUUUUAAAAGUACCUAUGUACAUGAAAUUUUCACCAGGAUCCUGGUGCUUCCCUAUGUGGACAAGGAGCUGAAUAUGAUCAUCAUGCUUCCAGAUGAUCACAUCGAUUUGAAAACGGUGGAAAAGGAACUCACUUAUGAGAAGUUUGUAGAGUGGACAAUGCUGGACAACAUGGAUGAAGAGAAGGUGGACGUUUACCUCCCUCGGUUUAAGUUGGAGGAGAAUUAUGACAUGAAGGAUGUCCUGAGCAGUAUGGGCAUGGCAGAUGCUUUUGAGCAGGGCAAGGCAGACUUUUCUGGAAUGUCUUCCAAGAGAGAUCUGUAUCUGUCCAAAGUUGUGCACAAGUCCUUUGUUGAGGUCAAUGAGGAGGGCACAGAGGCUGUGGCUGCCACAGCCGCCGUCAUCCAGAUGCGCUGCAUGGGCCCCCCUCCCUUCUGUGCCAACCGUCCUUUCCUUUUCUUCAUUCAGCAUAGCAAGACCAAUGGGAUUCUGUUCUGUGGCCGGUUCGCCUCUCCAUGAGGAAAAGGUUUUCGCUUUAUAGAGACCACUACCUUUCAUCCACUCCAGUGUGCCUAUGACCCAAGUGUCCUUCUUAGUGUCAUGACUGUUAAAAAAUAAAAGGCCUUAUGGUGGCAUCCCACCCUCAGGACUAUG